AUGGAUCUUCAGAAGCCACUUGAGCAAUCAGCUGCAGGGUCUCAUUCAUUCAUAUGGAAAGACUCCGUGGAACCAAGUAAGGGCAAAUACCCCGGGUUUCGCCCCGGCUUGGUCGAGCACAUUGAUGGGAUGCAAGUAACUCGCGAUGUUGCAGUUUGCAUGCGAGACGGAGUGCAAAUUUACAUCGAUAUUUUCCUUCCUGAGGAUUCACCGAGCAAACUUCCUACGCUGAUGACAAUGUCACCAUAUGGAAAGCAUGUGCUGAAAACAUUUGACAUGUUCCCAAACUCCGGCGUGCCUAAGGGUUCGGUCUCGAAACAUGCAGUUUGGGAGGGGCCUGAUCCCCUACACUGGACUAAGCGUGGCUACGCAGUUGUCAAUGCUGAUAGCCGUGGUUCUUGGGCUUCAGAAGGCAAUCUCCAGGUACUCGGACCUCAAGAAGCAGAAGACGGAUACGACGUGAUUGAGUGGGUGGCCGUACAGCCUUGGUCAAACAGUCGAAUAGGUCUUUGUGGGGUAUCUUACCUGGCAAUUGUGCAGUGGCGAAUCGCUCAGCUUAACCCCCCACAUCUUUCAUGCAUCAAUCCUUGGGAAGGCUACACAGAUGCCUUUCGCGAUCACACACAUUGUGGAGGUAUCCCUGAGACGAAAUUUACUAAGUUCUCAGAUUGGUCUUGCCAAUUCUCACACAACCAGACGGAGAAUUGGUACGAAAACAAUCAAAUCCACGAGACGAUGGACGCUUAUAAUGAGUCUAAAAGAGCCGGAAAUCUAUCUGCUAUCACAGUCCCUGCUUAUAUCGUUGCUGACUGGGGAGAUUUUGGGCUUCAUACGAGAGGUACAUUGAAUGGGUACACCGGUAUUUCUUCCAAGCAAAAGUGGCUUGAAGUUCAUGGGCGCAAGAAAUGGCAGUACUACUAUCAGCCUGAAAGCCUCGCUCGCCAAGAAGCCUUCUAUCAGAAAUUUCUUAAAGAUGAGUCCAGUCAGGUGGACAAGUGGCCUCCGGUACGAAUUGAGGUACGAGAUCGAGCCUACGUAGGCUACGUACGAGAAGAAGAGGAUUGGCCAAUUAAGAGAACAAGAUUUUCACUCAAGUAUCUCGAUGCACAGUCAGGGCAAUUGGCCGAUCAGUCGAAGUCUAAGAUUUCGUCUACUUCGUAUGAUGCUUUAUCAACUUCUGAAAACGCACAAUUUACAUACGUCUUUGGGAAGGAAACGGAGCUGACGGGCAGCAUGCGACUAAGGCUCUGGGUUUCCACCACUGAGGGUGACGACCUCGAUUUGUUUGUACAGCUUGAUAAGCUCGACGUCAACGGUGAAAGAGUUCCAUUUGUCGCCUUCUCUAUGUUUGAUACAGGGCCACUUGGCUUGGGUUGGCUGCGCGCUAGCCACCGAGAGCUGGAUCUGGGCUUGACUGACCACAACCGCCCAUGGAUGACGCAUAAGAGGAAGCUGCCUUUACGGCCUGGAGAGAUCGUUCCGAUAGACAUCGAAAUCAUUGCAACAUCAACGCGCUUCUUGGAUGGCGAGGCAUUGAAGCUUACAAUUCAAGGGACCGACAUUUUCCGCGACGAGAGAGUUCCACAGACGAUGCUUCACGAGAACACUGUCAAUAGCGGCAGGCACUUGAUCCAUACCGGAACUGUAUUCGACUCCUACUUAGUCAUGCCGAUUAUUGACCAAGCCGCAGAAUAG